UGUAAAUUAGCAUAGAGGAGCGAAUAAACGUCUCUACCCGCCUCUUCUCGAGCACUGAUCGUCAGCGUCAUCAUGCCUGAACCCGCCAAGUCCGCGCCCAAGAAAGGCUCCAAAAAGGCCGUCACAAAGACCGCCGGUAAAGGAGGAAAGAAGCGCAGAAAGAGCAGGAAGGAGAGCUACGCUAUCUACGUCUACAAAGUCCUGAAGCAGGUUCAUCCCGACACCGGGAUCUCUUCCAAGGCGAUGGGGAUCAUGAACUCUUUCGUCAACGACAUCUUCGAGCGCAUCGCCGGUGAAGCGUCUCGUCUCGCUCACUACAACAAGCGCUCCACCAUCACUUCCAGAGAGAUCCAGACCGCCGUGCGUCUGCUGCUGCCCGGGGAGCUGGCCAAACACGCCGUGUCUGAGGGCACCAAGGCCGUGACCAAGUACACCAGCUCCAAGUAGAGCAGCCCAGACCCACGAACCACAAAGGCUCUUUUAAGAGCCACCCAACUACUCCGCAAAAGAGCUUCUGAUGUUGUCGUUGAAUGGCUAAUCUUCUAGUUAGUUCAAUUUACUAAACGAUUAUGCUCCAUAGUUUUGUUUUUUUGUUUUCCGUUGUUGUUAUCAAAUAUAAGCAGCUGUUAUCAUGGUGUAAAAUAAGCAGUAUGUAUGCGUUUUUGUUACUCUUAUUGUUUUAUGCUUUUGGUGUUAUUCUGCACCAAUUGUGUAAAAGAUGUAGACUAAUCACUAAAAAGCUGGGAGUUUCUGCUCAUG